UUUGCAAUUAGCAAGAUAGGUCGAGAGCAAUGUCUGACAAUUAUGUGAUGGCACAGAUCCCAGAAAGCAAAUUUCGCUGUCCUGUAGUGGAGCUUGGAGCUAAAAUCACUAUUUUGCAUUUUAACGAUGUUUACGAAAUAGAGGCAAGAUCAGAUGAACCAGUUGGUGGAGCUGCAAGGUUUGCAACAGCAUUAAAGGAAUUCCAACAUUUGAAUCCAUUUAUUGUUUUUAGUGGUGACUGUUUAAGUCCAUCUCUUCUUAGCACAAUUACAAAAGGAAGACACAUGAUAGAUAUUCUCAAUGAGCUCAGGGUUCAUUGUGCGGUGUAUGGAAACCAUGAGUUUGAUUUUGGCGUUGAUAAGCUGGAGGAAGUGAGGACACAAACGAACUUCCCUUGGUUUCUCAGCAAUGUCUAUGAUAAAUUCACUUCACAGACUUUGGGUCAUGGCAUCGAAAGCCGCAUCAUUGAAUGGAACGGGCUCCGAAUUGGCAUCAUGGGGCUAGUUGAGGAAGAGUGGCUGGACACUUUGGGUACCAUAGACAAGGUCAACAUUGAUUUCAUUGACUAUGUUGUGACUGCUGAUCGUCUUUCUAAGGAGCUUAGAGAGAGCGGAGCUGAGCUGGUCAUUGCUCUCACUCACAUGAGAUGGUCCAAUGAUAUCCGGCUGGCCACAGAGGCCAAAGGGCUGGACCUCAUACUUGGAGGCCAUGAUCAUGAGUAUGGGGUUCGUGAAGUGAGUGGUAUCUGGAUAGUAAAGAGUGGAUCUGAUUUCAGACAUUUGUCAAGAGUUGAUAUCAAGAGGAAGGCUGAAUUGACUUAUGAGUACAGUGUUGAUAGAAUAGAUAUUACAAAUGUUAUAGAGGAAGACCAAGGGAUCAAAAGCAUUGUGGACACAUAUAAUGAUAACAUACAGUACAUGCUCGAGGAUGUGCUCUGCCACACUGACGUGGACUUAGAUGGUCGUUGUGCAACAGUUCGACACAGAGAAUGCAACCUUGGCAAUCUCAUCACCAAUGCCAUGCUGGAGGCCACUCAUGCAGAGGUGGCAUUGUUGAAUUCAGGAACUCUGCGUUCUGACCGCCUUCACCCUGCCGGUGAACUGACCAUGCGUGACCUGUUGCAGAUUCUGCCCAUGAAGGAUCUAGUUCUGGUGGUGGAAGCCACUGGACAGCAACUUUAUGAGUGCCUGGAAAACGCAGUCAGCAGAUACCCUGCCCUGGAUGGAAGGUUUCUGCAAGUUGCUGGAAUACAGUUUGGCUUUGAUCCCAAUCGCCAGCCUGGAAGCAGGGUUAUUGCCAGAAGUAUCAGGAUACAAGGUCACAAUCUAGAACGAGACAAAAAAUAUCUAGUUGCGAUGAAGGAAUAUCUAACAAAGGGAAAAGAUGGCUAUUCCAUGUUUACACACUGUCCACAGAAGUGUGACUUAGAAACCGCUCAGGUCCUCUCUACAAUUGUCAUCAAUCAUUUUGAGUCUGGGAACAUCGUUCAAGGCCUCAAGGCCUGUAAGUCUGGCCAUCGUAUGGGUCUCAUCAAAGUGACCAGUAACCCCUCAGUCACAGCCAUUGAGCGCAGCGCUGACGUCCCUGUGGCCAUGGUGCCUGGGGUGGAGGGCAGAGUAUUUCACAUCCACACCGAGAGUCAGUCAGAAUAACACAGCUAUGGAGGACACUAGCCACCUUCAUGUUGUAGACAUAGCCAGCAGCACAUGUGCUACUUACUUAUUAGACAGUGCUUAUUAUUUCUAGCUGUACAGGUGAAAACAUGUAUUUUUUAUGUACAUGUAUUUAUAUAGUAAAGUUAUACGUAAUAUAUCCUGUAUCACCUGUAUCUUCCUGGAUACAGAUAUUUGUAUUUAAUUAAGUUGUAUGUUAAAUCUU